UCCGCCCGCUUGCUUGCUUGCUUGCUUUCUUGCACCGCUGGGUUGCAAACCACCCCCCCACCCCCGCUUUCGCCCUUCGCACGCCAUGAGCGCCGCUGGGCCUCCGCGGGGCCAAGACGGAGAGGAGGAGGAGGAGAAGAAGAAGAAGAAGGAGCAGCAGGAGCCCAUCCAGCAAGAGGCGCCGGAGCAGGAGCAAAGGGACUCCUUUGCGCGGGAAGCAUGAGCCGAGCAGCCGUCGGAUGGGAGAUGGAGGCACUCCGUGGAGACGCCGGAGGAGGAGGAGGAAGCAGCGGCAGCAGCAGCAGCAGUGGACAAUGCCGCAGCUUCCUCUCGCCGCCGGUCUUCGGGGCCUCGGGGCCCCCAUCCUCGGGGCGUCCAGGCGGCCCCCCUCUCCCUGGCUUCCCCUACGACCGCUCUUCCUCGGCCGGAGGGGCUCGGUCCUCCUCCUCUUCCUCCGAGGCCGCCCCUUCCAAGGACUGCUCCAGCGGCGGCGGAGGCCCCUCGACGGCUCCUUCCUCUUCUGCCUCGGCCGCAGCGGCCGCAGCAGCAGCACUAGGCUACCACCCGGGCUACCACCCCUUCGGGAACGGCUACUACAGCUGCCGCAUGGCCCACGGGGUCGGGUUGCAGCAGAACGCUGCCCUCAAGGCCUCCCCGCACGCCGCCUUCCCCGUCGAGAAGUACAUGGACGUGGCCAGCCUGGCCGGCACAAGCGUGCCGGCCGGAGAGGUCUCCUCCCGGGCCAAGGAAGUUUCCUUCUACCAGGGCUAUGCCGCUGCAGCCGCAGCAGCCGCCGCCGCCACAGGGGCCCCCUACCAGCAUGUCCCCGCCGGCUACCUGGACGUGGUCUCCACCUUCGGCUCCGCGGCGGCUGCGGCGGCGGCCGGGGAGCCUCGCCACGAAACCUACAUCUCCAUGGAGGGCUACCAGUCAUGGACGCUGGCCAAUGGCUGGAACGGGCAGGUGUACUGCGCCAAGGACCAGGGCCAGGGCUCCCACUUUUGGAAGUCCUCCUUCCCAGGGGACGUUGCACUAAACCAGCCGGACAUGUGCGUCUACCGUCGGGGGCGCAAGAAGCGAGUGCCUUACACCAAGCUGCAGCUGAAGGAACUGGAGAGCGAGUACGCCCUCAACAAGUUCAUCAACAAGGACAAGAGGCGGCGGAUCUCCGCGGCCACCAACCUCUCGGAGAGGCAGGUCACCAUCUGGUUCCAGAACCGCCGCGUCAAGGACAAGAAGAUCGUCUCCAAGCUGAAGGACAAUGUCUCCUGACCCGCCGCCUCGGACUCCAGCCACCCAGCCACCCACUAUGGGCUCGGAAAGACUUACUCCUCCCUUUCUUUGAAAGACUUGAAAUAUAUUUAAUGUUUCUCCCUCGCCCUUUUAGUAAGGAGAACGAUCCCCGCCUCCACACACCCCAGGAGAGCGCUUUUUUAGCCAAACGUUCGCCAUUUCUUCGUGGAUUUAAUGGAAUGCUGCAGUUCUUUUUUAAAACUUCCUUAAUUUUUUUCCCUUUUUCCUUAUAUUUCGGUAGGUCCUGUUCCUCUUCCUCUCCCCCUUACCCCUCAGGCCUUUGUCCUGUGGAGAAGUGAACAGCCAUGGACUUCUUAAAAGUGUAAACUAGAUGGAGGAAAUCCAGGUGCUAAAAGGGGGUUGCUGAGAUUAUAUAUAGAUGACACAGAUAUCUCAGCCACACACACACA